AUGGAGCAAACUAAAUCGCGGAGCGGGUCACCGCCCCCGGCCGUCCCGCCGCGGGAGCCCCGGGCCGGCUGGCGGCUGGCCUCCUCCGAGGUGGUGGUGCCCCGCCGGGUCAUCCCCCGCGGCCAGGGCGCCCACCUGCCCGGCCGCCUCUCCUACCACCUCUACCUGGACGGUCAGAGCCGCCUGAUCCACCUGCGGCCCAAGAAGCUGCUGCUGGCCCCCCGCCUGCCCGUCUUCACCUACACCGACGGCGGGGCCCUGGUGCGGGACCAGCCCUUCGUCCCCGACGACUGCUACUACCACGGCUACGUCGAGGGGACCCCGGAUUCCCUGGUGGCCCUCAGCACCUGCUCGGGGGGCCUGCGGGGGAUGCUGCAGGUGGGCCCGCUGGUCUACGAGAUCGAACCCCUCCCGGCCUCGUCCCGCUUCGAGCACGUGGUGUCCCGCGACGAGCCGCCCCGGCGGGCCGACCGCCCGGAGGGCCCGCGGCCCCGGUCCGGCCCGGCCGACGGCUGGUGGACGCACAGCCGGCACGUGGAGUUCGCCGUGGUGGUCGACCACCUGCGCUACCGGCACGUCGAGCGCAACAAGAGCCGCGUGCUGCAGGAGGUCCUGCAGGUGGUCAACAUGAUGGACUCCCUGUACCGGCCCCUGGGGGCCUUCAUCUACCUGACGGGCCUGGAGAUCUGGACCGACCGCAACCAGCUGGACGUGGCCACGGGCAUCGAGCAGCUGCUCCUGGCCUUCGCCGAGUGGAAGAACCGGUACCUGUACGGGCGCCUGCCGCACGACGUCGCCCACCUCUUCGUCAAGCACGAGUAUGGGCUCUUCCUGGGCAAGGCCUUCGUCGGCACCGUGUGCGACCGGAUGCUGUCGGCCGGCAUCGACGCCUUCUUCGACGACCGGCUGAUGGAGUUCUCCAUCACGGUGGCCCACGAGCUGGGCCACAACUUUGGGAUGCUCCACGACCUGCCCUCCUGCCUCUGCCCCCAGGCCAAGUGCAUCAUGGAUGCCUUCCCCGCCCCGGCCAACGCCUUCAGCAACUGCAGCUACGCCAGGUACGUGGACCUGACCUCCCAGCCCCAGACGCGGUGCGUCCUGCACCCGCCCGACGCCCGCCUGGUCGUCGCCCCGCAGCAGUGCGGCAACGGCGUGGUGGAGGAGGACGAGGCCUGCGACUGCGGGUCGGCCGAGGAGUGCCAGCGGGACCCCUGCUGCGGGGAGGGCUGCCGCCUCCGCCCUGAGGCCGAGUGCGCUUACGGCCCCUGUUGCGAGGACUGCCGGGUGGCCUCCUCGGGCAAGCUCUGCCGCCCGCCCGUCGACGCCUGCGACCUCCCCGAGUACUGCAACGGCACCUCGCACUGGUGCCAGGAGGACGUCUACAUGCAGGACGGGACGCCCUGCUCCGAGACGGCCUUCUGCUUCGAGAGCUUCUGCCGCGACCGCCUGCACCGCUGCCGCGACCUCUUCGGGUCCGAGGCCCGGGACGCCCCGCCCAGCUGCUACAGGGACGUCAACUCCGUCGGGGACCGAUUCGGCAACUGCGGCCACAGCCAGGAGGCCUACCACCGGUGUGAGGAGGCCCACGUGCUCUGCGGCCGGCUCCAGUGCACCGAUGUGCGGAGGAUCCCCCCGCUGGAGCGCCACGCCACCGUGGUGCAGACCGCCGUCGACGGGAUCCUGUGCUUUGGGAUCGACCACCACACGGGUGUGGAGCGGCCCGACGUCGGCGCUGUCCAGAACGGCUCCGUCUGCGGGCCCGGCCGGAUCUGCUUCGACCACCGCUGCGUCAGCUACUCCGUGCUCCGGUACGACUGCCGAGAGGAGAAGUGCAACUUCAACGGGAUCUGCAACAACCGGGGCCACUGCCACUGCCUCUACGGCUGGUCGCCCCCAUUCUGCAUCGAGAAGGGCUACGGGGGCAGCGUUGACAGCGGGCCCUCGCCCAAGGUCUUCUCCUUUACCGACACCCUGAUCGUCCUCGGCGAAAACGAUUGGAGCAGCAGAAUGGAGUAA